UCCACCACACUGUUGGCACCCUUAGCGUGUGGCCCACGCUGUCGCGCGCUCUCUCUCGCUCUCAUGCAGUGUAUCGUGAGGGUGCGAGGGAGACAGGGCGAGGGGGCGGCGGAAUCACUCGACGAGUGACAGCCUGGCCUGGCACUCCCCGCCCCGGCUAAAGAGCCCCUUCGGCCUCCGGCCAGUGCGGCACGUACACCGUUACACCGCACCUGCACGGGCAGGGCAGAGUAGAGGGGGACCUCCUAGCACUGAAAUUCAGAGGCGGUCAAAAGUAUGACCGUUCUAUUUUCAGUGAGGGCAGAGCGGCAGUGCCACCCCCAAAGAACAUUACUACACCUACAUUGGAGCAAGACCGGCCACGACAACCCCUGCACCACUGCAGCUACACUGCAGUACGCCGAGGAUGGGGCCGAAAGCGCUGAAAGGCGGAGCCGCGGCGGCGUCAGCCUCAGCGGCCUGCCUGCUCCUCCUCGUCCUGCUCGUCGUCCUCGUCGCCGCCACCGAAGGACUGCGCUGCUACGUGUGCAACUCGAAGGCGGACAGCCGCUGCGCCGACCCCAUACAGACCGCGGAGGAGCAGGCCGAGGGCCAGGACAGUGACGCCGGUGACAACAACAACAACAAUUAUUACAACAACAAUAACAACCAGUACGACGACCAGAACGAGGGGCUGCGCAUGGUGGACUGCAAAGUGGCCCAGAGCGUUCGGCAGGCAAUGGAGGCGGUGAGUGGGCUGCUGUCGCACCUCGGGCAGCGCGCCCCGGGAGGCGGGGACGUGUGGGCCGCGGUGAAGGCUGAAAUGCGAGAAUAA